AUGCCUGCCGCAACCCCCUCGAAACGAGUUUUGGGUGAGACAUCGAACACGCGUCGCAACAUCGCCGUUUCCCCGCAGUCCGCAAAGAAGCGCAAGCUCAACGGCAGCUCCCUCAAAGCUCCCCCCAAGACCGCGAGCGGGAAUGCCUCCGGCUCCACCCAGCAGAAGAGCAAGUUUGAGGAGGAUCUCGAGAAAUUGGGCGAAACCCUCCCCGACCUGAAGAGUCCCAGCGCUGAAAAGGACCAAAAAUGGGCGCGUCCGCCUCUGGACGACUUCGACCCUUCGAGCCAUGAUCUUUGCUUCCAGCAGAUCGAUGCGGAGGAAGGAACGCUUCACGGCGGCAAGGCUACCGUGAAGCUCUAUGGCGUCACCCAGACUGGCCAUUCCGUGCUCCUCCAUGUAACAGACUUCAUGCACUACCUUUACGUUGCCGCCCCCAUCUCCUUCACACAAGCCGAUGUCCAGCCUUUCAAGGCCUACCUCGAGACCCAGAUCGCUCAGCACCAGCCCGCUAUUCAUUCGGUGCAAUUGACCAUGAGAGAAAAUAUCUAUGGCUACCAGGGCAAUCGGAAGAGCCCAUACCUCAAGAUUUCCGUGACGGAUCCGAAGUUCAUCAACAGGCUGCGGACAACGAUUGAAAGCGGAAGCGCCAACUACAAAGGUCUUUGGAAGGCUGCCGAUGGCAACGUGUUGACCUUCGACAACCUACAAUACGUGCUUCGCUUCAUGGUGGAUUGCAAGAUUGUCGGUAUGUCUUGGGUCGAGGCCAAGGCCAGCAAAUACCACAUGAUACCCCACCGCGACCGUCAUUCUACCUGCCAGAUUGAGGCCUACGUGCACUACCGCGAUCUUAUCGCACAUCCAGCCGAAGGAGAGUGGGUCAACACAGCCCCUCUGCGUAUCCUGUCCUUUGAUAUCGAGUGUGCUGGCCGUAAGGGUAUUUUCCCGGAACCAAACAUCGAUCCCGUCAUCCAGAUCGCAAACGUCGUCUCCGUCGCCGGAGAAGAAAAGCCUUUCGUCCGCAACGUCUUUUGCUUGGACACGUGCAGUUCGAUUGCAAACGCUCAGGUUCUCGAGUUCGAUGCCGAGGAGAAAAUGCUGAUGAAAUGGAGAGACUUCAUGGAGGAGGUGGAUCCGGACGUCAUUAUCGGCUACAACAUUGCCAACUUCGAUUUCCCAUACUUGCUGGACCGCGCCAAGCAUCUGAAGUGUGGAAGAUUUCCAUACUGGUCGAGGCUCAGGAACACCAUGUCGGUGGCCAAGGAAACGAACUUUUCCAGCAAGCAGAUGGGUAAUCGUGACACCAAGGCCACCAACACGAACGGUCGGCUUCAGCUUGAUCUCCUUCAACUCAUCCAGCGCGAUUACCACCUGAGAAGUUACACACUGAACUCUGUCUGCGCUCAUUUCCUGGGAGAACAAAAGGAAGACGUGCACCACACCAUGAUCACAGAGCUAUUCAACGGUGAUUCCAAUUCCAGACGUCGUCUUGCGGUCUACUGCUUGAAAGAUGCCUUCCUUCCCCUGAGAUUGCUCGAUAAGCUCAUGUGUCUGGUCAACUACACCGAAAUGGCAAGAGUCACUGGCGUCCCCUUCAGUUUCCUUCUUUCCCGUGGUCAACAAGUUAAAUUCCUGAGUCAGCUGUACCGGAAAGCCCUAGAGCAGCAGCUGGUCAUCCCGAACCUCCGUUCUGAGAGCUCCGAUGACCAGUACGAGGGUGCCACGGUCAUCGAACCCACUCGCGGCUACUAUGACGUCCCCAUUGCAACGCUCGAUUUCGCAUCUCUGUAUCCGAGUAUUAUCCAGGCUCAUAACCUUUGCUACACGACCUUGUUGAGCAAGACUUCUGCCGAGAAGAUGGGCCUGAAGAAGGAUGAGGACUACAUCGUUACUCCCAACGGCGACAUGUUCUGCACUGCAAAGGUGCGCAAGGGUCUCUUGACGCAGAUUUUUGAGGAAUUGCUCGGAGCAAGAAAGCAAGCCAAGAAGGACAUGGGCAUGGAGAAGGAUCCGUUCAAGAAGGCCAUCCUGAACGGUCGUCAAUUGGCAUUGAAGAUCAGUGCCAACAGUGUGUACGGUCUUACUGGUGCUACCAACGGCAAACUUCCCUGCUUGGCAAUCGCUAGUAGUACGACGAGUUAUGGUCGACAGAUGAUUGAGAAGACAAAGGACGUGGUGGAAAAGCACUACACCAUCGCUAACGGCUAUUCCCACGAUGCUCAGGUCAUCUACGGCGACACGGAUUCGGUCAUGGUCAAGUUCGGCCCCAAGGAUCUUGAAACCGCCAUGAAGAUGGGUGAAGAAGCGGCUGGCUUUGUCUCGGGGCACUUCAUCAAGCCCAUCAAGCUCGAGUUCGAGAAGGUGUACUUUCCCUACCUGCUCAUCAACAAGAAGCGUUAUGCCGGUCUCUACUGGACGAACCCGCACAAGUGGGACAAGAUGGACACGAAGGGUAUCGAGACGGUCCGUCGUGACAACUGUCGGCUGGUACAAACGGUCAUCGAGACAUCACUGCGUAUGCUCUUGAUCGACCGCGACGUCAACGGUGCGCAAGAUUUCGUCAAAGAGACAAUCUCGGAUCUGUUGCAGAACAAGAUCGAUAUGUCGAACCUCGUGAUUACGAAAGCUCUGGCCAAGUCGGACUACGCGGCGAAACAGGCCCACGUCGAACUUGCCGAGCGCAUGAAAAAGCGCGACGCGGGUUCGGCGCCGGCAUUGGGAGACCGUGUUGCAUACGUCAUCAUCAAGGGAGCCGCUUCGUCCAAGAACUACGAGAAGUCUGAGGAUCCCAUCUACGUGCUGGAGAACAACCUGCCCAUCGACACCAAGUACUAUCUCGACAACCAGCUGGCCAAGCCGCUCGGUAGGAUCUUCGAGCCCAUCCUUGGAGAGAAGAAGGCCGCGUCACUGUUGACAGGAGAACACACCCGAAGUAUCUCCGUUGCAGCACCCACCAUGGGUGGUCUGAUGAAGUUUGCGAAGAAGACGGCGACGUGUAUGGGAUGCAAGAAGCCCAUGACGAGCGCCAUUGAGCGCGACGGCGCCGUCUGCGAGAAUUGUCGUCCGCGGUUUAGCGAGCUGUACCAGAAGACGCUGUCCAAGGUCAGCGAUUUGGAGGUUCGUUUCGCCAGGCUGUGGACGCAGUGCCAGCGGUGCCAGGGAAGCAUGCAUAACGAGGUCAUUUGCAGUAGCAGAGACUGCCCGAUCUUCUACAUGCGCAUGAAAGCUAAGAAGGACGUCGAAGACGUGGGCAAGGAGCUGGUCCGCUUCGACCAUGAUGCGGUGGUAUGGUAA